CCGAGAUUCCGUAGGUUCAAGCACGGCCUCACACCUUCCCACCGCUCUUGGUUGUCUCUGCCCCUCAAACCCUCACAGCCAUCUUUCUUCACAUAGCGAAGAGUGGUCCAACACGGGCUCAGCCACCUUCGCCCCGCGCUACUCUGGCUCCUAGCCGCCAUGCCACCCAAGAGACAUUCCGCUCCAUCCAGAUUCGUGACUGCUUAUAACAAGCUCGCAGACUUUGACGUCGUAAGCUUGUUCAAGCGUGCCCCGCCACCUGGGACACCAAGAACCGUCUUCAUUGGCCAAUCCCUCCCCGAUGAGUCCUAUAACUUCUCAAAGAAAGGCAAAAAGACAAUUAAGCCCGAGAACACCUACGUAACCAACCAAGUCGUCACCUCAAAGUACACCAUUUUCACUUUCCUGCCGCGAAACCUCCUCGAGCAAUUCCGCCGCUUGGCUAACGUGUUCUUCCUUUUUAUCGCUAUCCUACAAUUCUUCCCAAAAUUCGCUACCAUUUCUCCUGGGCUUGUCAUCUUUCCCCUUCUCGUAGUUUUGGGCAUCACGGCCAUCAAGGAUAGCUACGAAGAUGCCAAGCGUCAUCAGUCAGAUCAUCGUGUGAACUACUCAGAGACUUUGACUCUCGUCGGAGGAGGGAUCCAAAAUCCUAACGUAAUGGGUCCUAAGCAGAAAACGUUUACACCUGGUAUUCCCAAGGCGUUACGCCGCAGAAGUAAAGGUUUGCUAGACCAAGCCGAAGAGAAAUCUGGCGAGGAAGAUUUGCACCCUGGUGCGGGUGUUCCACCAAGUCGUCGUGGUACUUUUACCAGCGUCACAUCCCCGUUUACCUCCAGUCGCGAUUCUGAUCCAAAUGUGCCCGCAGAUGUCGUCAUUUGUGCCACUUCGGAACCGGAACAUAUCGCCUUUGUGGAGACGAAGAAUCUCGAUGGGGAGACGAAUCUAAAGAGUCGUCGCGCCGUUGAGGAACUUUUUCAUCUGGCCUCGCCUCAAGCUAUCGUUGAGUCUAUUUCCAAGGAUCCCUUUCGUAUCGAGGCCGAGGCUCCGGACGUGAACAUGUACAAAUUGAAUGCGGCAGUGGUUUGGAGCGAUGGCCGACGGUGUCCUAUUGAUUUGCAGACGGUGUUAUUGAGGGGGACGGUUUUGAGGAAUACAGAGUGGGUGAUCGGGAUCGUACUCUAUACGGGGACGGAUACGAAGGUUGUCAUGAAUUCGGGUGUGACACCUUCGAAACGAAGCCGUGUCGAGAGGCAGAUGAAUCCUAUGGUCUUCAUCAACCUCGUUAUGCUUGCUACUAUGGGAGUUGUUUGUGCCAUCGUGGACUCCGUCCUUGAGCACCGUUAUGUUGAUCGUGGUGCUUAUUGGCUCUAUUUGGAUCAUCGGUCGACUGACAACCCCUCUAUCAACGGUCUCGUCACACUCGCAAACGCAUUCAUCACUUUCCAAAACGUGGUGCCCAUUUCGCUUUACAUCUCGAUCGAAUUCGUGAGAACGUGUCAGGCAGCGUUCAUCUAUUUCGAUUCGGAGAUGUAUUAUGUGAAACCAGGGCAGAGCGAGGACGAGGGACAGCCGACGCUUGCAAGAACUUGGAACUUGUCGGACGAUUUGGGUCAGAUCGAGUAUAUUUUUUCCGACAAAACUGGGACCUUGACUCAAAACUCCAUGGAAUUCCGACAAUGUUCGAUUGGUGGCAAGAUUUAUAAGGGCCAAGCUCCACCCGUCGCACCGACACCAAGCCCAUCUUCGUCUGAAAAGAGGCUGGCUGCGAAAGGGGGUUCGAAUCGGGGGUCGCCACCGGGUGGUGCGCAAUCUCUCACAUCUGAUGCACCAACUCUCGCAGAUCCUUCAUCCACGAUAGCUCCUCAGGUUAAACCCGGCGGAAUGCUCGUCCCUCCUGCUAUUAACGAUAAUGUCAACUUGACACCGGUCAAACUUGCCGAAGGCGUUCUAUCACACUUUUACGACCCCGAACUUUUGAAUGAUUUAAGAACGACCGAUCGAAAUGAGCGGAUUAAUGGUUUCUUUACUACGCUUGGAUUGUGUCAUACCGUGCUCACAAGUGCGGAUCCUGGGACGAGAGCCAUUUCGUAUAAGGCUCAAUCACCCGAUGAGGCUGCCCUCGUUCAGGCAGCUGCCGACGUGGGUUUCGUCUUCCUUGGACGUGAACCUUCUUCGGCUAUCGUCCGGUUACAAACCCCUUCCUCCCCUAAGCCUCAUCGGUAUGAAACAUUGAGCCUGUUGGAUUUCACAUCUACGAGGAAGAGAAUGAGCGUCAUUUUGAAGAAGAUUGAGGAUGGAGCCGGCACUGGCGAAGGGGUUGGCACUAUUCUGUUGUUGUGUAAAGGGGCGGAUCAGGUCAUCUUUGAGCGCCUGGGACCUAAUCAAGAGGAGAUGAAGGAGAGAACAGGUCAAGAUUUGGACACUUUUGCAAACGAAGGGUUGAGAACGCUCUGUCUUUCGUACAGGGUUGUGAGCCCUGAGGAGUAUGAAGAAUGGGACCACCAAUAUCGAGAGGCUCAAGUUCAGCUGGAAAAUCGUGAUGCCCAUGUUGAGCGUGUUGCGAAUGAGAUCGAACGCGAUUUAAUCUUGCUUGGUGCUACCGCCAUUGAGGAUAAGUUGCAGGAAGGUGUUCCUGAGACGAUUGCAGAUUUAAAGCGUGCCGGGAUCAGGGUCUGGGUUGCUACUGGUGAUAAACUGGAGACCGCCGUCGCUAUCGGGAAUAGUACGAACCUCAUAUCCCAUGAAUCGAAUCUUAUCGUCGUCAAAGGAAGUGAAACACCUGGUAAAACCGCGUAUAACCAAAUGGUUUCGUCCUUCGAGCGGUUCUUCCCCAAUUCAGGCGUCCUAGACAAGCCGAAUGUGCGGCCAACCUCUGAGUCCGACGAGCUCGCGCCAGUGACCAGUCGAAGGAACUUCAACCGAAUCAACACAGGACUUUCGGAUGUUAUUGCUCGUGAUAACGGUGAAAGGCCUGGUGGUUUUGUUCUCGUCAUCGAUGGUGUUGCUUUGGAGCAGAUUUUCGCCGAGGAAUUUUCAAAGGAUCUGCUUCUUGAGCUGGCUUUGCGUUGUGAAGCUGUUAUUUGCUGCCGUGUUUCUCCGCUUCAAAAAGCACUCGUCGUCAGACUCGUGAAGGACGGGCUGCACGUUAUGACACUCGCUAUAGGUGACGGCGCAAACGAUGUCAGUAUGAUCCAAGCUGCCGAUGUCGGCGUGGGUAUUUCUGGAGAGGAAGGUCUUCAAGCCGUGAAUGCAUCGGAUUAUGCCAUUGCACAGUUUAGAUUCCUCAAGAGGCUCUUGUUCGUUCAUGGACAGUGGAGUUAUGCGCGGAACGCAAACAUGAUUGUGAACUUCUUUUACAAGAAUAUCAUGGGUAUCGGUGUUCUUUGGUGGUUCCAAAUCUAUUGCGCCUGGAGUACGACAUACGUUUUCGAGUACACAUAUCUUCUCUUUUGGAACGUGUUCUGGUCCCUUGCCCCUGUCAUUGCCAUUGGCAUCUUCGACCGGAAUAUUGAUAGUGACAUUCUGAUGGCUAUCCCUGAGCUCUACCGUUACGGAAGAGAGAGGGUCUGGUUCGGCACCGGAAUAUUCCUGGCAUACAUGCUUGAUGGUGCAUAUCAGAGUGCGGUGGUUUUCUUCCUCUUGCUGUAUGCCUACAAAACCACCACAGCUCGUGGUGACGGCUAUGAUGUGUACAUGUACGAGUUCUCCACGACCAUGGUUAUUUCUGCUGUCAUGGUUGUAAAUGCGUUCCACGUUCUCUGUACUUCUGCAUGGACUGCUUGGGUAAUCUUCGCUGUGACGAUCGGUGUUGUCCUCAUCUUAGUCUACACGGCCAUUUACUCGAUUAUCCCACCCAAGACAUUCUACACUCCAAUCUAUGGGAACGAUCACUACUUGUUCCGGUCCGCUUAUUUCUACUUUGGAAUAAUACUUACCUUCUUCAUUGCGAUGGCGCCACGGUACUGCUGGAGGGCAUAUCGCAUGCUUUAUUAUCCAAAUGACAUUGACAUCAUGAGGGUUGUUCGACGGGACCAUCCUGACCUCGACCUUGCCAGUCAUCCGCUCAUUGGUCAACGUUGGGCUGAAGACGGGACGUUACGACCUUUGGAUGCUGGGGACCCAGAAAGUCAGUCGAACGUCAUUCGAUUGCCAAACCGACCCGCCAGCCAGGCAUCCUUCCGUGGACCGGCUGGCCAACGGACGGACAUGUCGACGGGGCUGGAGAUGUCGCCUUCUCGAGGGUUCGACUUCUCGCAGGAGGAAGGUGGUAUUGCCAUCCGUCGUAUACAAACCGGGUUGUCAGAGAGGAACGGGCAGAUCGGAGGACCACCCAUUACUCCCAAGCGGCGAUUUGGUGAAAGGUUUAUUCCUUCGUCUAUUCGAAAAUCUUCACGUCGAGGUUCUUCUCGUCCCCCGAUAUCAGGGGUCAUGCCGUCAUAAAGACCGGAUGGCCGCCGCACGAUUCUUCAUGCAUUAUUACGAUCACCCUUUCACGAUUGAUUUGUGCCUUUCACGUUGCUAUAUUCCAUCCCCGUUUUCUCAUUAUUUACUGUCAAACCAUAUUGCUCAUUUCUCAGUACCGGUCAGUCAUCUGUAAUGUGCAUUUGUGAUUGUUUUUGCCUUCCCAAACUUCGCACGAACAAGGGUGGAGAUUCAGCACAAUCAGGAAUUCAGGGUCAGAAGGAUUUUGAAGUGGAGGGAUUUCGAUUGCUGGCCGCCUACGUGGCCGAGAAUGUAUAAUACAGCUAGCUGAGAAAUGCGAAUGAUGACUUAGGCCUAAGGAUGUUGG